AUGGAUCUUUACUUCAUUCCUGACGAUCCGGAACACACCUUGUUGGUCUCUGCGAAUGGGGUACCUCACUAUCAAAUCGAUACGGAUGAACCUUUUGAAGAUAGGCCCUGCGUCACAUUAAUUCAGCGACCAGGGGCUUCACCCGAAGAAUGCAUCGUUGCUGAGAUUGAAUGGAGAAAUCGUGACACACCUACAAUCCUAAGGUGUCCAUUACUCAGCGGUGCAGCUCAAUACGUUGGUCUACAAGGUACUGGAAUAAGGUCAUUGCACUACCUUUACAAGCGACAUAAAUUCGGCUCCGUACGCUAUUUUGUAGGAGACGAUGCAUUCGAAUAUCGAUGGAAACCGGUUAAGGGUGGUGGAUGUGUUCUUACUCGCUCUGAUUCAAAUACAGAAAUAGCAUCCUCCAUGAGGGUACUAGGGACGGAGGGCAUUUUCGCUGGCGAAAAAAAGCAGGUGCUUCGCAUCCAGCCGUGCACUUUGGAUAUCGAUCUCAUCAUUCUGACUUUCAUCAUCAUGGAAAGGAAGCGCCGUGAACAUGAGGGCACAGAAGAGAUGGAAAACGAGUACGGGGUCCAUAGUUCACAGGUUAAAUCAAUCAAUGAAGCUGAAGACGACGGCAUGGUUGAAUUGGGCGACGUUGAGAUCGGGGAACUCUGA